AUGGAUCCCAUUCUCGAUGGCCUCAAUACUGCCCAGCGGGAAGCGGUUACCUCGUCCGCACCAAUCUUGCAGGUCCUCGCACCACCGGGCUCCGGCAAGACCAAGACGCUGACAGCACGCGUCGCGUAUCUACUUUCCCACCACGGAUACCUACCCCAAGAUGUCAUCUGUUGCACUUUUACCAUCAAGGCGAGCCGUGAGAUGCGUGAGCGUCUGGCCAAGCUUAUCGGUGAGCGCUUGGAAAGUCGGCUAAUUCUGGGUACCUUCCAUUCUAUUUGUCGGAGGUAUCUGGUCAAGUAUGGCUAUUUGAUUGGUCUGAGGAAGGGGUUUGGUAUUGCAGAUUCGGAUGACAGUCGCGCUAUCUUACGGAGAAUCAUCAAACGCUUGAAUGCUACUAUUGAAGUGAAGACUGCCCAAGGGAAGAUCUCCCGCCACAAGGCUCACGGGCUCUCCCCGGAUGCCUUGGCUGAACGUGUGAAAGCAGAGGAAAUGGAGCUGGUUGAUAUCUACCGCGCAUAUCAGUCGGCGCUGGCGGAUUCAAAUCUCCUGGACUAUGAUGACCUGCUAGUUCGCUGUGGAGAUCUUCUUAGGGAGCACCCUGAAUGCGUGUCAAACGUGCAGACUGUCUUGGUCGAUGAGUUCCAAGAUACCAAUAUCAUUCAAUAUGACUUGAUGAACCUAUUUGCGGCGCAAAACCGACGUAUCACGAUCGUCGGCGACCCCGACCAAAGCAUCUACGGGUUUCGGUCAGCGGAGAUCCAGAACCUCAGACGCAUGCAGCGGCGAUACUCAAAUACGUCGAUCGUAUUGCUCGAGUCCAAUUAUCGUUCGUCGGCAUCCAUCUUGAAGUCUGCCCAGGGUGUGAUCGAGCAGGAUACGAUGCGGCCGGCGAAGACGCUGCAGGCGACCCACUCUUUUGGAACUUUGCCUGUGCUCAGAAAACUGCCGACAGCCAAUGCAGAGGCCCACUGGAUGGUGCUUGAGAUCAAAAGAGCCGUUGCGAUGACAGGUGGUCUUGUGCGAAUGUCUGAUAUCGCGAUCCUGCUCAGAUCAACCUCGUUGUCAACACGGAUUGAAACUGCAUUCGGGCGAGCCGGUAUCCCUUAUAAGAUGGUCGGAGGCCGAAAGUUCUUUGACCGGACGGAGGUCAAGACCUUGGUCAACUAUCUCAGGGUGGUGAGCCAUACAGGGCAUGCAGAUGCACUGCUUGGGAUCAUCAACGUUCCACCUCGUCGAAUCGGCGACGAGACUAUAAGGCAGUUGACCGGCGGUGCAGACAAGGCUCAAGUUCCGCUAUGGAAUUUUAUUAAAGACGUGAUUCAAGGUCGCCGGUCGACGGAGAAGAAGUUGCAAAAAGCAGCAGAGCAAGGUCUCUGUUCCCUGGUGAAGCUGAUUGACGCUGCCAAACAAAAAUUACAGGACUGUCCAGACGCAUCCGCACCAUGCGUGCUCCUUGAGCACAUCACAGAAAGUCUGUCCUUCCAGGAAUAUCUCAUCAAAACCUACCCGUUAGACGAAGACAGUCGCUGGGCGAAUGUCAAGGAAUUGAUGGGCCAAGCCAAUGAUGCCGCCGCCUCCGCUGGGGACGUGGCCCAGGAGGAGGACCUCCCUGAAAUUGAAGGUGUUGAGCAACAACAAUCGCAUCCCGGUGAAGAGGCCCUCUCCAAAUUCUUGGCCAACGUUGCUCUGGCCACAGAGGCCACCAAAGAAGGCGAUAUGGAGACGGAGAAGGUCACAAUUUCCACGAUACACGCAGCCAAGGGUCUCGAGUGGCCCGUCGUCUUCAUUCCAGCUGUAUACAACGGGAGUAUCCCACACUCAAGGGCCGAGGUAAUCGACGAAGAGAGACGGCUGCUCUAUGUCGCCAUGACCCGAGCGCAAGCUCUGCUAUACCUGAGCCUCCCUCUACGGCAACCCCGACUCGGCGAGGGAGAAGAUGGAUCGACCAGUUUGACGCCAUUUCUGACACCCAAAUUGGUCAAAGAUCGUUUUCGUCCGAAGGGGCCCCAAUUGCACGAGAAGGUCGUAUAUGCGAUUGCUGAUAUACUGCGACGGCCACGUCCCACUCCCGACGAUAUGUACAAGGAACUCAAUUCACUCCCAUCCACUCUGGACGAUCGAUGGACGUCCGAGGGUGAGGAGAGAAAGGACGCGGAUGGGCAAUGGAAGGACGCGAUGGGCCCCAACGACGAGGCCAAAUCGAACCCUAAACGGCGACGGCUUGAUUCCAACCAGCCAACUUCUACGACCUACAUGUCAGCGAGCAGCCUGAUGAACAACUCGUCCAACUUCCAAGUCUCUACAACGCUCUCAACGGGGUUCCUGUCCGCUCGGGAUUACGCGGCCACCUCAGCAGCAAGUCAGGAACCAGUCACUAAAUCUACACCAAAUGCUGUCCCCGAACAACCCAUAACCAAGAAGGCAUCCAGCACCGCCAGCCGCAAGGACGGGCUGACCCAAGCCAGCAUCUCAAACUUCUUUGGCGGACCGGGAUCUUUCCAGAAACGUGAACCCAUCCCAGCCAGCCGACCGUCUAUUCAAUAUCCUCAAAGCAGUUAUCAGACAGCCCAGACGACACGUCCGGGACCAGCAUUUGUUCCGCCGGCGCUGACCUCGCACCGUCUCCAGCCACGGCCCCUUCAGCCAAGCCGGCCAGCCCUAGAACCCGCGCAGCCGAGCAACUAUACGUGGAUGGCGGCUCCGUCCCGCCCAGCCGUGAAACCCGCGAGGAUGCUGACGCAGCCUCCAAAUGGAAACAGUGCAGUGGAGGCAGAGACCAAGUCAGAAGAGGCGAAACAGGAGAGCUCCACCGGCAUCCAGUCCGUAACGUUUAACACGACGACAAUGGCGAGUUUACAACAGCAGGGCGGGCCAGGGCGUCGGACGCUGGGGAUUCGGCGGAGUAUGAAUGGAUGGGAGGAGCGGAUGAAGCGGGAGGGUGGUGGCCAAGUGCGGUAG